GUCCCUACUGCAGAGCCGCCGCCGGAGGAGAGGUUUAAAGGGCCCGUGCGCCGCCGCCCCCUCGCCCCGCCAUGCUGCUACCCGUACCGCUGCUGCUCGGCCUCGUCGGCCUGGCCGCUGCCGAACCCGCCAUCUACUUCAAGGAGCAGUUUCUGGACGGAGACGGGUGGACCGACCGCUGGAUCGAAUCCAAACACAAGUCAGAUUUUGGUAAAUUUGUUCUCAGUUCCGGCAAGUUCUACGGUGACCAGGAGAAGGAUAAAGGGCUGCAGACAAGCCAGGAUGCCCGCUUUUACGCUUUGUCGGCCAGAUUUGAGCCCUUCAGCAACAAAGGCCAGACACUGGUGGUGCAGUUCACCGUAAAACAUGAGCAAAACAUCGACUGUGGGGGCGGCUACGUGAAGCUAUUUCCAGAUGGUUUGGACCAGACGGACAUGCACGGAGACUCUGAGUACAACAUCAUGUUUGGCCCGGAUAUCUGUGGCCCCGGCACCAAGAAGGUUCAUGUCAUCUUCAACUACAAGGGCAAGAACGUCCUGAUCAACAAGGACAUUCGUUGCAAGGAUGAUGAAUUCACACACCUGUAUACGCUGAUUGUGCGGCCCGAUAACACCUAUGAGGUGAAGAUUGACAACAGCCAGGUGGAGUCAGGCUCCUUGGAGGAUGAUUGGGACUUCCUGCCUCCCAAGAAGAUUAAGGAUCCCGAUGCUUCGAAGCCUGAAGACUGGGACGAGCGGGCCAAGAUUGAUGACCCCACAGACUCCAAGCCUGAGGACUGGGACAAGCCUGAGCACAUCCCUGACCCUGAUGCUAAAAAGCCAGAGGACUGGGAUGAAGAAAUGGAUGGAGAGUGGGAACCACCUGUAAUUCAGAACCCUGAGUACAAGGGCGAGUGGAAGCCCCGGCAGAUUGACAACCCAGAUUACAAGGGCACUUGGAUCCACCCAGAGAUCGACAACCCUGAGUACUCUCCUGAUAGCAACAUCUAUGCCUAUGAAAACUUUGCUGUUCUGGGCUUAGAUCUCUGGCAGGUCAAGUCUGGCACUAUCUUUGACAACUUCCUCAUCACCAACGACGAGGCGUAUGCAGAGGAGUUUGGAAAUGAGACCUGGGGUGUCACGAAGGCGGCAGAGAAGCAGAUGAAGGACAAGCAGGAUGAGGAGCAGAGGCUAAAGGAGGAGGAGGAGGACAAGAAGCGCAAGGAAGAAGAGGAGGCAGACAAGGAAGAUGAGGAAGACAAGGACGAGGAUGAGGAGGACGAGGAUGACAAGGAGGAAGAAGAAGAGGAUGAUGCUGCCGCUGGCCAGGCCAAGGACGAGCUGUAGGGGCUACACUGCUGCCUCUAGGGCUGGACUGAGGCCUGAGCGCUCCCGCCGCAGAGCAGGCUGCGCCAAAUAAUGUCUCUAUGAGACUGGAGAACUUUCAUUUUUUCCAGGCGGGUUCUGAUUUGGGGUGGAUUUUGGUUUUGUUUCCUCCCCUCUUUUUUUUUUUUUUUUUUUUUUAAAAAAACGUGUUUUGUCUUUGAUUCUCCUUUAGUCCUUGUUCCUGAUCCUCAUCUUUCUUGAUUGACAUCUUUGCCUUCCUCUGUCCCCUUCUUUCCUCUGAUCCCUUAGUUCUCCUCCAACCUGAGGGGGCAGGGGGAGUGUGGAAGAGAAGCCCCAGCCCUAAGAUUCCAUCCACUCACCUUCCUGGAUCCCGGGGGGGGGGGGUGCAGAAGAGGGUGGCAUCCCCAGCACUGAGGAAGAACAGGGCUCCUAGGGCCUGAGCUCUGAUCCCCACCUACCACCUCCCUUUCUUCCCUGCUCCCAGGACUGGGCCACUUCUGGGUGGGGCAGCGGGUUCCAGCUCGGCUCACACUGAGAAUGUAAGAACUACAAACAAGAUUUCUAUUAAAUUAAGUUUUGUGUCUUC